GUGCUUCAGGCUUCUCUCCCUGGGCUCUUGCAGUUGCUGUAUCUCUUGGAUGCCAUGCAGAACGGAAUCAGGCAGCCCAGCCUCAGGUUCACCUUCUCCCUGACACUCUACGCUGCCCGUGUGGCAAAGCAAAUCCUGAAGCCAGAGGAGCACAUGUACAUAAAGGUAAACAGAUUCCUUCUGUCACACCAGUAUUUGGACCUGAGGAAGGUACCAGGUUUUUUCCAGCUUUUCUACAGUUUUGAUUUUGAGUACAAAACAGAGCGUGAGUGGAUCCUCAGAUUUCUUGGGGAAGGGCUGCGUGACAAAAAUUGCUAUGAGCUUUAUGACUACCAGAGGAUUUUCCAGAUCAUUCUUUCCUUUUUCAACAGUCUUUUGUGUGACGAGGGCUCCCAGGUAAGAAUUUGAAAAGAAAGUUCCAAAAAACCCCAAACCACAGAAGCUUGCAUGGCUUUGAGAUCUCAAGUACCAAACAGAAAGGAACAGCUGACUCUGCCUUGGUCCUCUUG